UCUCUGCAACCCAGAAAUAAAAUCUAUCUUUUCUUCUUCUUUUAGAACUUAGUAAUCUCACUUAGUUCAGUGAACGCGUCAUCUUCGUCAUGCACUCUGUAAUCAAAUACAACUUAUUUCUCUUAAAAUGCUGGAAAGAGCUGAAAUUUCCAUUUCGAAUCAUGUUAGUUUGGGAAAAAUCGAGAAAAAUGGCACGAUAUUUGUUCGAAGAAAUGCCUGUUAAAAGAAAUGUGGUGGGCUUGACAAAUGAGCAAGUGGAAAGAAACGGAAUACUGUAUGUUGCUAUAAUCGAUGUAUAGAAAACCCUCAGAAAUGAUGGAGUUUUUCAAUUUUUGGAUAGACAGAGGGAUAUUAAGAGGUGCUGAAGCAGGAAUACGCGUUAACUUUAAUGCUUUUGAAAGCUUCUCAAGAAAAUGGGGAAAUCCAGUUUCGGAACCCAAGCCAACGCUUUGUUUCUGAAAAACAUAGCAUUUCAGCAAAGAAAUCUUGCGGAAAAUAUUAGGCUUAUUCUAUUCCCCGUUCUUCUAUGUGUUGGGAUUUUGGUGGCGCAAUUCGUAGCCUCAAAGUUGAGAAAUGUUCAUGCGGAUGGCAAGGAUAAUCCGAUGUCGAUAGUUCUCGGUACUUCUGAUGCUAUACUAACACCUGAAAAGGUCCCUGCAUUUUUGCAAAUACCUCUUCCUGAAGCUCGUGCCGUGAGAACCGGGUUUAUUCCAUAUCAAGACUUGCCUGAUAAAUCAUGUAAAGCAACAGGUUCCUGUCCAGUAACUGUACUUGUUACAGGGAGGAAUGAAUCUCUUGGGGAAAGUGUUGUAAAGAACCUAUUCAACAGUGCAGAUUUGAACUUUUCUCCUCAGACGCAAGUUUCCUUGAAUUCUUCAACUCCUAUUGAUACAAAUGAUCUUCUCCUGGGGGAAGUGGAACAUAUACCUAGUUACAUAAGAGCUGUUAAAAAGAUGACUUCAAAGUACGAAGUAAUUAAAGCCCAGUGCAAAUAUAAAGCUAAGGUUCUUAUUCUUCUCCAAACGGCGUCCGUUAAUGACACAGCCGAGGUAAAGUGUGUUCAAGGUUUAGGCCUAUGGCGCAAUAGCUCUUUGUUGGUAAAUGAUGAGCUCUUUAAGGGCUAUGCGGAAGGAAAUUCGGAAAAUGAAGCUAACGAGAUCCUUGGAGCUUAUGAUUUCUUAAACACCGAUGAGACUAACUUCAAUUUGAGUAUCUGGUAUAACUCGACAUAUGAAAAGCAUUCUACGAUACUACGCGCUGUGAAUAUGGCUUCCAAUGCGUAUCUCAAAUUCUUGAAUGGCACGGGUAUAAAGAUGCUACUAGAUUUUGUGGAAGGUAUGCCCAUGCCUCCUCAGAAUGACUUCGCAGGCGGCUUGGAUUCAUUCAUUGGUGGUUCUCUUCCACUCUUCUUCACAUGGGUCAUCUUGCAGCUUUUUCCUGUUAUAGUGACAACCCUGGUUUAUGAGAAGCAGCAAAAUUUAAGGAUGAUGAUGAAAAUGCAUGGACUUGGAGAUGGUCCUUACUGGAUGAUAACAUAUUUAUAUUUUCUUAUCCUUUCUUUUGCCUACAUGUUAUGUCUUAUGGUAUCCGGUAAUCUCAUAGGGAUGUCGAUCUUCAAAUUUACUGAACUGAGCGUACAAUUUGCAUUCUAUUUCAUAUUUAUAAACCUACAGAUUUCUUUUGGUUUUCUAUUGGCGACAGCAUUUUCAAAUGUUAAGACAGCUACAGUAAUGGCGCACAUGUAUGUAUUUGGAUCGGGACUCAUUGCAACCUUUGUAUUCAAAAGUCUCGUCGAAUCCACAUCGUUUUCAAGAGGUUGGAUUGUCAUACUACAGAUGUGUCCUGCCUUUUCUCUAUAUCGCGGGCUUUAUGAAUUCCAAGACUACUCCCAAAGAACAUCUUAUGUAGGUCAUCUCGUUAAAUUGAGUUGGAAGGAUGUGAAUGAUGGUGAGAAUGGGAUGAGAGAAGUCUUUCUUCUCAUGAUCGUAGAGUGGUUUGUAAUGCUUAUUAUUGCGUAUUACUUGGAUCAAGUUGUAUCCGCAGGUAGUGGUGUUAGAAAGCAUCCACUGUUUUUCCUAAAGAAAUCAAAGAAGCCACCGGCUUCUUGUCAGCAACCAACUACCCAGACACAGCAGCCAAACAUUCAUGUUGAAAUUGAAAAACCUGAUGUUUCCCAAGAGAGGGAAAAGGUAAAAGAGUUAAUGCUCAAAAAUGAUACAAGUCAUUCCAUCGUCUGUGAUACACUCAAAAAGGUUUAUCCAAGUAGAGAUGGUAACCCUGAAAAAAUAGCAGUAAGAGGGUUGUCUCUUGCUUUGGAGCGAGGGGAAUGUUUUGGUAUGCUCGGUCCUAAUGGUGCUGGUAAAACCUCUUUCAUUAGUAUGAUGAUUGGGCUCACAAAACCAACCUCUGGCGUGGCAUUAGUUAAUGGAUUGGACUUAGCAACUGAGAUGGACGAAAUAUAUUCCAGCAUGGGUGUGUGCCCCCAGCAUGACCUGCUCUGGGAAUGUCUAACAGCUAGAGAGCACCUUUUAUUUUAUGGUAGACUGAAGAACCUCAAAAAUUCAGCCUUAAUGGAGGCAGUGGAAGAAUCUCUAAAGAGUGUUAACCUAUUUCAUGGAGGUGUUGCCGAUAAACAAGCUCAAACUUAUAGUGGUGGGAUGAAGAGGCGGCUUAGUGUUGCCAUUUCGUUGAUUGGUGAUCCUAAGGUGGUUUAUAUGGAUGAACCUAGUACGGGACUGGAUCCAGCUUCAAGAAACCAGUUGUGGAAUAUCGUGAAACGUGCAAAGAAAGACCGGGCUAUUAUCCUUACCACUCAUUCAAUGGAAGAGGCGGAGGCACUGUGUGACCGGUUGGGCAUCUUUGCAGACGGAAGCUUGCAGUGCAUAGGAAAUCCAAAAGAGCUAAAAGCGAGAUAUGGAGGAUCGUAUGUGUUUACAAUGACAACAUCUGUGAGCCUAGAAGAUGAAGUGGAGAACUUAGUACGUCAGCUCUCUUCAAAUGCAAACAAAAUCUACCACCUGUCUGGCACCCAAAAGUUUGAAAUUCCUAAGAAAGAUGUAAGGAUUGGAGACGUUUUCCGAGCAGUUGAAAAUGCUAAGUCGAGGUUCACGAUCAAUGCAUGGGGUCUGACUGAUACAACUUUGGAGGAUGUUUUCAUCAAGGUAGCUCAAGCCGCACUUGCAUCAACAUCCACCAUGUAGUAGUUGUAAAAGCGCCUCCUAGUCCGAAUUAAAAUCAUUGAGAUUAGCCGAACUUUCAAAUUGGUUGCAAAUGUACUUGAUAGUCUGUAGAGAACCUUCUUUAGGUAUGUCUGGUAGAAAAAAAAAAUUUGUUCAGCAUAGAGCUUUCUUUUUCCAUGUAUCUCCCUGGGACUGGAAGUAUCACCCAGUUUCAGACGAAAAAAGUCAACUAUACAGGGGUGACUUCCAUAAGCUUCUGAGGAUGGUGUAUAUCACUAAUUCAGAUGAACCAGCUUUAGUAGGAGCUAUUUUGGAAGGAAACAUGAAUUUGCAUUUGGUUCUCAGUUCUUUUAUCAACCCCCAAGAAGUAAAAUAGCUAAAGUUUGAGAGAAAACAAAUUUCGGAUUAAUCUUUGUGCAUUCUACAAAUUGAGAGAAAUUCAGUUUCCAAGUACAUUUUUGUUUCUGCUUGAA